UCGGAAGCGAGAGGGAGCCAUUUUGUUGAGCUUCCCAUUCCGGUGUUGCGUGAGGCCGAGCGGCUGCAAUGGCGAAUGAGAGCGAGGCCGCGGCGCACAAUAUCACUGAGCUUAGUGUGGUGGACUUGAAAAGGGAUCCGAAAAAGGGAAACACGGAAGGCAACAAUAGCAAUCUGAUUGUGCAGCUACACCAGCAGUCAAAAGAAGAGGCAAGAGGAAACCCUGAUGAAAUUUCAAGCGCUCCAGAGAUUCCUGGCAAUAAAAUACCAGAGAAGAUGGGGAAAGGGAACACCUUGAAGGAUGAUCAGACACAAGACUGUGGAGAUGGGGAUUUUAGUGAACAGCAAGAAAUUAAUGCCAUAUCAGGAGAAGCAGAUGUUGUUGAAGAAAAGGAAACUAUAGCUGAAGAUCCGGGGGAAGUUCAUAGUUCAGUUCCUACAGAGACUCCCUCUGAAGACUUGCAGCUAUUGGCACAAUAUAUGAUUGUCACAGACACCUAUCAGGAUGAGGAUCAUUCCUUAGUCGAGCUGCAAGUGGAGGAAAUGCUAACAUUGGAUGUGGACAAUGACAUGCAGCUGGAUGCACCCAAAGCAGACUCUACACAAGUCACCACAGAAAAGAUGGUUGUGACUGGAAAUUCAAGUGAGAUGAAAAAUUGCCAGCAGGAGUGUGAAAUGCGAGGGGCAAGCAUUGAGAGUACAAAGAACGAACAGUAUCCAGGAAUUGAGCAGAACAAUGGCAAAACCAUGAAAGAUGGAGGAGUUGGUAAAGCAGAUGAGAAUGAUCCUUUGAUUGUAGUGGGCCAUGAACCAGAUAAAAGCUCCAAUGAGGAUGGCAAAAAUAUUAUUGAUGAAGCAAAUCCAGUGAAAGGGCUGUCCAGCAACCAUAGCACUUUAGACGCCAUGGGCAAAAACCUGUUGGUGGGCGGCCUGUGUUCUACAAAGGAAGGAACUUGCGUAAAGAAUCUCUCCAGUAAAAAUGACAAGGCUAAAAGUGAACCUGACCACAAAAGUUCUACGUCGGAGGAGGGUAGAAAUGUAACAGGUUCCAAAUCAAGUUGCAAUCCCAAAGCUGAGAAUGACCAAGGACAAUCUGGAGACAAGUCAUCAAUUCAUGGGAAAAGCAAUAACCAAAGCAACAGCCAAGAAGACUCCAGGAAACGGGAGAAUGAUGAUAGGAAGGACAAACGCAGAGAAAAGGAUGAACACAAAUACAGAUCUUCACAUUCAAGAACCCAAAGUUCAGAGAGGAAGAGGACAGGGAGAGAGAGGAGUCGGAGCCCAGAGAGGCGGAGGAGGAGUCGGAGCUCGGAGAGGCGGAGGAGGAGUCGGAGCUCGGAGAGGCGGAGGAGGAGUCGGAGCUCGGAGAGGCGGAGGAGGAGUCGGAGCUCGGAGAGGCGGAGGAGGAGUCGGAGCUCGGAGAGGCGGAGGAGGAGUCGGAGCUCGGAGAGGCGGAGGAGGAGUCGGAGCUCGGAGAGGCGGAGGAGGAGUCGGAGCUCGGAGUGGCGGAGGAGGAGUCGGAGCUCGGAGAGGCGGAGGAGGAGGAGUAGAGAAAGGAGUCUCAGUUCAGAGAGAUGGAAAAGUAAAGAAAGGAGGAGGACUUCAAGAUCCAGGAGUCAACACAGAAGACCUCCCAGCAAAAAUAGGUCAAGAGAUGUAUCCACAGAGAAAACUCACGAGUCGAAAGAGCAACCAUGGCAGUUGGAUCCCAAGGAAGCAUUAUGGGCUGUUGAAAGACGCAGAGAGCGUGAGAUAUGGGAAGAGGAAGCCAGAGAGUUACUGGAAAGGGAUCUAGAGCGAUUGCAGCUUGAGAGGAUGUGUCUCGAAAGAGGGAGAUUGGAUGAAUCAGUUCUGAAAAGGCAAAGGUUAUUAUUAGAGGAGGAAACAGUGCAAGCACAGGAGCGAACUUACCGAGAGAGGGAAGAGCUACUCGGGAAGAUGUGCUUUGAAGAAGCUGUAAAACAACCGUUUGCUGACAUUGGAGCAUGUGGAGCAUGGGAGCGAGAAACAAGGCAAAAUUGGGAAGGUAGAGAAAUAUUAAGAAGGGAAUUGGACCAAGUAAAGUAUGAAAGGUUACGCCUCGACAGAAAGAUACUGGAACCAGAGACGGAGGAUAGGUUACGACUGUUCUUGGAUGGGCAAACAGGAAAAGAACAAGAGAAAAAUUACUAUGAAAGAGAAGGUUUACUCCCUGAGAUGUACUAUGAAGAAACUCUGAAAAGACCUGAUAUUGGAUACAGCCGAGGUUCAAGCAGUAACCCUAGCUGGAAGAUGGAAGGAUUUCCUGAUCAUUCUUCACAGGGAAUUCUGGGCAUGGAUCUGACACUUGGCUCAGCUGUCAAGCGGAGCUUGAAAAGUUUACACAGAAUUGAACUAGCAGAGGGUCAGAGGACUGACCCUUCACUUGAGGCUGUACGAUAUCAGGCCAUGCAUCCCAACAGCAAGACAGAUAAUGACAUGGGGGGAACAUUCCUGUACAAGGAAGGGAUUUUGAUUCGACGAUGGAGUCCAAAGGAAGGCUUCUUCAAGGGGUCGGAAGUGUUUGAGGAGGUAGUAGUCCCUGAGCUAUAUCGUGACGAAAUAUUAAAGGUUUCUCACAACAUUCCAUCCGCUGAACACCAAGGCAUUAAGCGUACAGGUCGUCGUGUGCUGCAGUAUUUCUACUGGCCAUCAGUUUUUAUGGAUGUGGCACAUUAUUGUAAAGCAUGUGAAAAAUGUCGCUAUUCGCAUAAACUGGGAGAUGCAGCCAAUUUGGGGUUACGUCCCCUACCCACUAUCAAUGUACCAUUUAAAAGGGUAAGCAUUGAUGUAGUGGGACCACUACCCUUCACAACCAACUCUGGGAAAAGAUACAUCCUGAUGAUGGUGGAUUGUGCAUCCAGAUAUCCAGACGCAACUGCACUUGUCUCAGUGGAAGCAGACAUAGUCGCCAUGGCCCUGCUAGUAAUGUUUACACGGGUCGGGUUUCCAGAAGAAAUACUGUCCAAUCAGGGUGAAAAUUUCAUGUCCCAGUUGGUUAUGCAACUGAAAAGGCAAUGCCAAGACAAGCAGCUCCGCAGCAACUCCUACUGUCCCCAAGUAAAUGAGCUGGUGGAAAAGUUCAAUGGAACACUGAAACAAAUGCUGCGUACCUAUGCUGAGCAGAACCCCUGUGACUGGGAUGAAAAGCUGCCGUAUCUUCUAUUUGCCUGUAGGGAGGUGCCGCAGCAAUUAACCGGGUUCUCCCCCUUUGAGCUUCUAUAUGGGCGCCGGGUAUAUGGGACUUUGCUUCUGAUCAAAGAGGCUUGGUUAGGGAAAUGCUUUGGCGCAGAUAAAAACAUUGUGGAGCAUGUGCUGAAUGCGCGGGAUGCCUUAAAUAGUUUAAUUGAAAGUAUUCCAGAAGAUCAGGACCACUCUCUAAAUAGCCGAAAUCUCUGGUACUGCCAUAAUGCUGGGACCCGGGCAUACGAUAUAGGCCAGAGAGUGCUGGUGCUACAGCCUGUCAAACGACAAAAAGUGCAGCUUCACUGGGAAGGCCCAUAUACUGUGGUUGAGCCAGGGAAAUACGUGUACUACACGGUUGAAAUACCGUUUAAUAAAUUUAGAAUUUACCACGUUAACAUGAUGAAGCCUUACCUCGAUUCCUAGGUAGCUACUGUGGUAGAGUAAAAUAUUUGAUUUUUAGUUUGUUUCCUUGUUUUAGAGAUUAUAUUGGUUCCUUGAUUUAAUUAGAAUUAUUUCUCUGAUGAAAAUUUAAGACCCAGAACCAAUAAACAACACAACUGAUUUGUGUGUUCGGUAAUGUGCUAAUUGCUGAUGUCACAUUAUAGAUAUCCUGUAUAUUCACCCUUUGACUUUGUGGGACCCUUCUCCUAUUUGGUGAGAAGUAUGCAUGAGGUUUUGUUAAGGAAAAACUGCAUCAGAAAAUUCCCAGAGAAAAGCGGUUGACCGAUGAGGGUUUAAAAGCAAAGUGGAUUUGAAGGAACAGGAAGUCUUUUGUAACUUGUGUCUGAACAGAUUGUCAACUUCUUAUCAAUUGCUUGUACUUGAAGGAGAUGAUGAUUUGAGCAGGAUAACAAGGGUCGAAUUUACCAUGAGUGACAAGAAUCUUCAGUUAAACCAGAAGGGUAAUUAAUUAAUUACAGACUUUCUCGAUGUAUAUUUAUUUGUAUCAUUAAAUAUAUAUGUACUUUUCAUAUCUGCUGAGUAUUGUGCUUCAUAUUGCUGUUUACUGCUGUUUAAAUAAAGUAAUUAGCUGUUUUAGUCUGUAAA